UAACGCAGGGGCCCAUGCCCACUCCCCCCUGGCCCUCUGUCUAUAAAGGUUCUGUCCCUCCCUGGUCAGACACACUCUCCCUCAGUGCUGCCAGUCUGAAUCAAAGGUCUGCCAUGAUGCCCCCCAGCGUCUCAGGGCUGCUCCUCACCUGUCUGCUGCUGCCAGGCCUGACACAAGGCCAGGAGGAUGCUGCUGGGCCCCCCUCUGCCAGGAAAUCCUGCCCCCAGGGCUUUGCCCUCCAGGGCUCCCACUGCUAUGGCUUGUUGGGUCCUGAGGAGACCUGGAACACUGCCGAGUUGCUGUGCCAGGCCUACCCCUCAGGCCACCUGGUGUCCCUGCUCAAUGAGGCUGAGGCCUCCUUUGUGGCCACCAUGAUCAUGGAGCAUGGGAUUAAGGGGACCCCCGUCUGGAUUGGCCUGCAUGACCCCAACAAGAACCGCAGGUGGAGAUGGAGCAGCAAUGCCCUUUACCUCUACCAAGCCUGGACCAAGGGCUCCCCAAACGGAACCAACCCAAACUACUGUGUGAGCCUGACUCCUGAGUCUGAUUUCAGGAGCUGGAAAGAUGUACCUUGUCACAAUAAGUACCUCUAUCUCUGCAAGUUCACAGCCUAAAGGGCUCAAGCCACAAGAAGUUGGAAUGCUGCUGCCUUGGAGCCAAACACAGCCAAAGAGGUCCAGGGCCAUGAUCUCUUUGCCUUCCCAGAGCAUCUUCAUCCCAUCUGACUUUCUCACACCAGUGCUUCCUCUCCCCUUUGUUAUCCCCCAAUUGUCUGCACUUCCUUUUGGCUACUUCUCUUCCCAUUACACCCCACUCAGUGCUAACUGCCUCAGGGCUUUUUAUGCCAUAUACAAGAACUAGCUCAGUUUUGAUAAAUUACCUGAAUAUUAAUGGUCACACUACUUAAAAAAGCAGAAGACAGCAAGUUUAAGCUCUUUUGACAAGUAUUGAUUAGAUAAGGAUUCUUAAGCAAGGAUUCAAAGAGAUCAGUGAACACACAAAUCUGAUCACUUGAAAUCAAAACAUUAAGCUUGACCUUAAUAUAUCAAAUGUUAUCUUCUCCUCUUUUGUUAGGAUGGAGGGGAUAAUGCUCUCCACUGUGGAUGCCUUCUCAUAGCCCUGUGACUUUGGGAGGAUUCUCCUUCAAGUUCUUUCCCAUGUUGUUGUGUCUAUGGAUGGCUCUGUUGUAGUAUCUGCCAGUGGUGGUGUGUUCUUGAAUAGAUUUCUUUCUUACCUAAUUCUCCAGAAUUUUUUGGAAGAGUCUCAGGUUUUUCAAGAUGAGAGUGCUUCAUGGUUUAUGAAGAACUUUCCUCAUGUCAACCUUGUAAAAAACAAGACCAGUUAGGACAACUAGGUGGUGCAGUGGAUAGAGCACCAGCCCUGGAGUCAGGAGUACCUGAGUUCAAAUCUGGCCUCAGACACUUAACACUUACUAGCUGUGUGACCCUGGGCAAGUCACUUAACCCCAAUUGCCUCACUAAAACAAACAAACCAAAACAAGACCAGUUUUAGAGAUGAAGAUAGUGAGGGGUACAGAGACACAACAAAUAUCCUAGAGUUAGAAGGACUUAAACUUAGUUCUUUGGAUUUCACAUCUACUACAAUCUUCAUUCCCUGCAUUAAGUGCUAGAGUAGUGCUUGGCAUACAUUCUCAUUUCUCUUGAGCUUAGAAUUGCUGCUCUCCUUCUAUGAUACUUUGCAAAACUCAUAUUUUUGGCUUUUGGUGACUACACAUCUUGAUCUCUUAAUUAAUAUGAUUGAAAUGUAAUUAGAGGGACAUCAAUAGACCUGGAAUCAGAAUAUGAGUCUUUCUUUUGUGAUAAAAUAAUGGGAUGUGGCAGACGCCCAGGGGCCCCAGAUGAAGAUUGAUUUGGAAUUGAUUGAAUUGGGUGGGACUGAGAACCUA